CGGAUGUGUUGCCUGGCUGAUGGGAGAGACAGAGCGUGCUGUGCAGCAAAUGCUCCUACGCGAUGGACAGAGGAGGAAGGCAGAGGCAUGUGAGGAACACAGAGAAUGCAGAAGAAGGAUUUCAUUUUCAGUUGUGGGAACAGAAGAAGAGCAGUUGUCUGAUUCACCGGCGUACAUGUUCGCUGGACAAAGAAGCUCUGUAGGAUAUCACGACCGUGGCAAAUACUCUUACAUUCACAGCUCAUUCAUAACCAAUGCCACAUUUAAUGACAAAAUUCAAUAGAAGCGAAUAGAUGUGCCACUCUUCUUUUACUGCUCAUGGAUUACUUUAUUCUCUUGCUACAGCUGUUCCAGAUCAAAAACACUGACGGUUAAACACAAGUUCAUUUUAUCAGGUGGACCAAGUGACUGCUGAAAGAAAACUAUGCAGUUACAGUGAAAUGGAAACCAAGGAAAAUCUGACCGAACACAAAUAGUGUCAUCGCUCCGUCUGUUUUUUGGACACCCGGAGCUCGUUUACACCAUGCCUCGAUUGAAGGAUAAGGAGGAGUGGAAUCUCACACUGAGGGACUGAACGGAGUUGUUUGCUUUGUAGGUUGCUUCUGCAGCUGUGAAGUCUUUCUGGAUCAGCUGAGCGGAGACGUCUGUCUUUACAGAGCUGUUAGAACCAGCCAUCCAACUCAAUGACUAAGCCUUACAGAACUGUCAUGCAAGUAAUUAUCAUUCGAGAAGAACGUUAGACCUCUGAACAUAUAUUUUUUUCCUUCUACUGGGAGUGGUUCUGUCGUGAUGGAAUGGUGGUGUUGGAUUCAUUUUUUACUAAUGCUUCAGUGGCAGGACUGCAUUGUCCUUAACAUUCUAUUUUUGUCCUCCAAGCUGCCAUUCUUAUCACUAAAAGCCCACGAGUAGUGAGGAGCCAGGGGUUUCCAUAGAAAUCAGUUCUUAUGGGAAUCCACAGGAAGUGGGAGUAGAGGAUAGCAGGGGAAGGCUGAUGCUACACAUCCUUUUUUUAGAUGGGCUUGGUGCCAAAGAUGGGUGUUGAUGCUGCACUGAACCGAUGAGUCUUCAGUCAUAGGGCGAGAUCACACAGCACACAUCAACGUAGGACUGAGUGCACUUCCAGGUGGUGGGGACAAGUUUGUUUAUUUGAAGAUCUUAAUGCCCCUCACUGGAAUAGACCAAAUGAAACUGUUUUGUAAGAAGCAUAAAGACCAUCAAAGCUAUUUUUCUGUUGCUGUGACUUGCUGCAUUUAUCGGACAAUCGCAUCAGUGUCUCACUGUUAUGGUGGUAUGAGGAACAUGAUACAGAUGAAGAAGUGAAUCUGUACACUAACUGAUGAGACAAGCUGUGAGAAAUGAACUUUCACCUCCCAUUUGUUCCUUGUGUUUAUGGCACAAUUCUCUCUAGAACCACUACAAGUGAUGAACUGAAAGUGUGUGUUCUUGCCCCGAGUCCUUGCACAGAGUCCUUGCCCCAAAUCAGCCGUUGACCGCUCGCUCGUCUUUUAACAAGGCGCUAACACUGCAUAUCUGAGCACAGCACAAUGGAUGACUCUAGUAUUCUAAGACGGCGAGGUCUCCAGAAGGAGCUGAGCCUUCCCCGAAGAGGCAGUUUUUGUCGUACGAGCAACAGGAAGAGCCUGAUAGUGACCUCCAGCACCUCUCCCACUCUACCCAGACCUCACUCACCGCUACACGGACAUACUGGGAGCAGCCCGCUGGACAGCCCACGCAAUUUCUCCCCCAACACCGCAGCCCACUUCUCCUUCAUCCCUGCUCGCAGUCACGGGCACAGGGCUGACAGGACGGAUGGCCGGCGCUGGUCUCUCGCCUCACUGCCCUCUUCAGGGUACGGAACCAACACUCCCAGCUCAACAGUCUCAUCAUCAUGUUCAUCCCAGGAGAAGCUGCACCAGCUGCCCUUCCAGCCCACCGCAGACGAGCUGCACUUCCUCACAAAGCACUUCAGCUCAGAGAGCAUCACUGACGAAGAGGGCAGGAGAUCCCCAGCCAUGCGGCCGCGCUCCCGCAGCCUCAGCCCUGGGCGCUCUCCCAUAUCCUUUGACCAUGAGAUCGUCAUGAUGAACCAUGUUUACAAAGAGCGUUUCCCAAAGGCCACGGCUCAGAUGGAGGUGCGUCUGGCCGAGUUCCUGUCCUCCUCAGCUCCAGAGAAGGUCAUGCAUUUGGCAGAUGGCGUCUUGAGCUUCAUCCACCACCAGGUGAUCGAGCUGUCCAGAGACUGCCUGGAGAAAUCACGCGAGGGCCUCAUCACCUCUCGCUACUUCUAUGAGCUGCAGGAGAACCUGGAGAAACUGCUGCAGGAUGCUCAUGAGCGUUCGGAGAGUGUGGAGGUGACCUUCGUCACCCAGCUCAUUAAGAGGCUGAUGAUCAUCAUUGCUCGGCCUGCCCGGCUGCUGGAGUGUCUGGAAUUUGACCCUGAGGAGUUCUAUCACCUGCUGGAAGCUGCAGAAGGCCAUGCAAAAGAAGGCCAGGGAAUCAAAUCGGACAUCCCUCGUUACAUCAUCAGUCAGCUGGGCCUUACUAGAGACCCCUUGGAAGAAAUGGCCCAGUUGACCAGUUAUGACAGUGGAAACUCAGAAACACCAGAGAAUGAAUGCUGCGCUGAUUCGUCAGAGAAUCGAGGUGCAACAGCGCAGCCACCUCAGCCCCAGCCUAAGACCAAAACACCAAGAGAAGAGGACUUUGAGACCAUCAAACUCAUCAGUAAUGGAGCUUACGGGGCUGUGUUUUUAGUGAGGCAUAAAGAGACACGUCAGCGUUUUGCCAUGAAAAAGAUCAACAAGCAGAACUUGAUUCUAAGGAACCAGAUCCAGCAAGCGUUUGUAGAGAGGGACAUCCUCACGUUUGCCGAGAAUCCAUUUGUCGUCAGCUUUUUCUGCUCUUUCGAAACGCGCAGACACCUCUGCAUGGUCAUGGAGUAUGUGGAGGGUGGGGACUGUGCCACUCUACUAAAGCACAUUGGUGCUCUGCCUGUGGAUAUGGCACGCAUGUACUUUGCUGAAACUGUACUGGCACUGGAAUAUUUGCACAACUAUGGCAUUGUACACCGUGACCUCAAACCUGACAAUCUUCUAAUCACUUCAAUGGGACACAUCAAACUGACAGACUUUGGUCUGUCGAAGAUUGGCCUUAUGAGUCUCACCACUAACCUGUACGAGGGCCACAUUGAGAAAGACGCACGUGAAUUCUUAGAUAAACAGGUGUGUGGUACACCUGAAUAUAUUGCCCCGGAGGUGAUACUCAGACAGGGUUAUGGGAAACCGGUGGACUGGUGGGCCAUGGGAGUCAUCCUGUAUGAGUUUCUGGUGGGCUGUGCUCCUUUCUUCGGAGACACCCCAGAGGAGCUGUUUGGACAAGUUAUCAGUGAUGAGAGAGUGUGGCCUGAGGGGGAUGAAGCUCUACCGCCAGACGCUCAAGACCUCAUCUCUAAACUGCUUCUACAAAACCCAAUGGAGCGACUGGGAACAGGAAGUGCAUUUGAGGUGAAGCAACACAGGUUCUUCAUUGAUCUGGACUGGAACAGUCUCCUGAGGCAGAAAGCUGAGUUUAUUCCUCAGCUUGAGUCUGAGGAGGAUACCAGCUACUUUGACACUCGCUCAGACAGAUAUCACCAUGUGGACUCCGAGGAAGAGGAGGAUACAAAUGAUGAUGAGCACGUGGAGAUCCGCCAAUUCUCCUCCUGCUCCCCACGAUUUAACAAGGUCUACAGCAGUAUGGAGCGUUUGUCCCUACAUGAAGAGAAGCGCACUCCUCCACCCACUAAACGCAGUCUCAGUGAGGAGGGCGGUGAGCGACUCGAUAGCCUCAGUAGCCUCAAGUCUCGAGACCGCAGCUGGAUGGUGGGCUCACCUGAAAUCCUGCGUAAACGCCUGUCAGUGUCCGAGUCCUCACACACCGAGAGUGACUCCAGCCCCCCUCUAACAGUGCGCCGUCGCUGCUGCUCUGCAAUCAUUGAAAUGCCUCGGUUCGCUAUCUCCACCGAGGAAGAGAGCACCAGGAAGACUCCAAUCAGGGCUCAGCGCAGUGAAGAGCUCCCUUCUGCUAUCCCAGAACUCCCAGUGGAGAGGGAGCUCCGACUGGAUGAGUCUCCCAUUACGCCAGGCUCCACUUCAAGCCAAGCCACUCGUGGCACACUCACACCUGGUGAUUCCUUGGAUAGAAGCUCUCCUCGCUGCAGCAGUAACGAAGGAGCAGAUAAUUCCACACCCAAAGCCAUAAGCGACCUGGCAGUCCGUCGAGCUCGCCAUAGACUGCUGUCAGGAGACACAGAGAAACACACGUCACGGCCACUCAACAAGGUCAUCAAAUCAGCCUCAGCCACUGCACUGUCGCUCAUGAUUCCUGCAGAGCACCAUGGAGCCUCUCCUCUGGCUAGCCCCAUGUCUCCUCACUCCCUGUCCUCCAAUCCAUCGUCUCGGGACUCGUCUCCCAGCAGGGACCCAUCAUCGGCUGUUUGCAGUGUGAAACCUGCCAUCGUUAUCCACCGAGCAGGCAAGAAGUAUGGCUUCACGCUGCGCGCCAUCCGUGUCUACAUGGGAGACACUGAUAUCUACACCGUACACCAUAUGGUCUGGCAUGUGGAGGAGGGAGGACCAGCUCAUGUAGCAGGUUUAAGAGAGGGAGACCUCAUAACGCACGUAAACGGAGAAGCGGUCCACGGCCUUGUUCACACCGAGGUUGUGGAGCUCAUUCUCAAGAGUGGAAAUAAGGUGGCAAUAUCAGCCACUCCCUUUGAGAACACAUCCAUUAAGGUCGGUCCAGCUCGUAAAAGCAGCUACAAGUCUAAAAUGGCUCGGCGGAAUAAGAAGACCAAAACCAGAGAGGGACAGGACAGUAAAAAGAGGAACUCCCUAUUUCGGAAGAUUACUAAGCAGGCAUCUCUCCUGCACACCAGUCGCAGCUUGUCCUCUCUAAAUCGUUCAGUGUCAUCGGGGGAGAGUGUACCUGGAUCUCCCACACACAUGUCCCCUCGAUCCCCAACACAGGGCUAUCGCUCCACACCGGAUUCUUCCCACUCUGUUGGUGGAAAUUCAUCUCAGAGCAGCUCUCCCAGUUCCAGCGUGCCAAACUCUCCUGCCAGCUCUGGUCAGAUCCGGCCCAGUUCCCUACAUGGCCUGGCCCCAAAGCUGCAGCGCCAGUACCGCUCCCCUCGACGUAAGUCUGCUGGUAACAUUCCUCUGUCGCCGCUGGCCCGCACUCCCUCACCAACGCCCCAGAGCACCUCCCCUCAGCGCUCCCCUUCUCCACUGUCCAGCCAUGCACUUUUAAGCUCCUCCAUCGGUCAGUCCUUUCCGGUAAAACUACACUCUUCUCCUCCCUUAGUGCGCCAGAUUGCUCGUCCGAAGAGUGCCGACCCACCUCGCUCUCCUCUUCUGAAACGUGUUCAGUCAGCUGAGAAACUGGCAGCCUCACUCUCGUCAUCCUCCUCAUCGCCCUCUCCUUCAUCUGCUUCCGAUAAGAAGUUGCCGGUGGGUGCUGGUCGCAAGCACAGUCUGGAGAUCUCGCACACAGAAUUUAAAAAGGAGAUUCUCCAGCGGGAGCCAAGUUUGCAGAGCUUGCAAGAGUGCACUAGUGAGACUCUUCUUGGAGGCAGGGUGUCUCCAGCAGAAAAGGGAACUCUGCAGAAGCCUUUAGCCCGGAAGCUAGGGCGGCAGGAGGGGCCUGACUCAGCCACUGGAUCGCUAGGGCUGGCUCCUGGUAAGAGCAAGCUGAAGGACAAGCUGUCGGCUAUCCGCCAGGACCGUGCCGAACGGAGAGAGUCUCUACAGAAGCAGGAUGCCAUCCAUGAAGUGGAUUCUUCAGAGGAUGAGACAGAUGAGGGUUCGGAGGAUAGCCAGGAUGGACGCAGGACAACUUUUGUCCCUCCUUGCCAUGUGCUUCGGCCCACAAGCGUGAUAGGAUCCCCUCGGCUGGCUGCUUUAACUACAUCCACAGUGGCUCAGCCCAUCUCCCCACAGCUCAGUCAAGGGCUACAGGCCCAAAACCAGACGCAAAGCCAGCCUCCAUUAUUGGCAGAAGCUAAUGCUUCUGAGCAAAAACCCGCACAGACCUUGAUAUCUACUCCCACUGCAGCCUCUACCUCAGCACUACCAGAAAAUUCCAGCGAGAGACGGGGAAAGGUUCAGGAUUCAAUGUCCGGUAAAACACCUGGUCCUCAACCCAGCUCUCUGACCAGCACUUUUUCUACACCUGGUAGUGCAUUUACCACAGUUAGUAAGGACCCAUUUGUCAAACCCUCAGCACCCCUUCAAGACCGUAGGACUGCCAAAGUGAGCAGCAAGCAAGAGCCCAGCACGGUGCCUGCCCGCGAACCUCAAAUCCCUACUCCUUCAACUGGGGGCAUCACUAAGGAGAAGAAGGAGGCAGACAACCGGAGACAAGCAGCAGCUGCCGCGGCUGCUGCCUCCUCUUCCUCCUCCAUCUCCACAGCUGCUGAGAGUGGCAUGGAUAAAGUGGUUUCCCAGCUGGCCACCGUGGCCAAAAGUGUGUUAGGGCCGGUAAAGCUCAACAUACCAGGGACCAAAGAAACCACCGAUAGGAGCAAAGAUGCCAGACCACAGUCAGACAUGGUGCACCCAAAAAGCAAAGAUUCACGUUUAAACAGUUCUCAUUCUCCUGAAAAGACUUUUCCAUCUGUUGCUUCUGUUUCCCAAACAGGGAGACAGUCUGAAUCACCCACUCUACAGUCCCCUGCAAUAUCUGAGUUACCUUCAACUUCACAGAGGUUGCAAGAGACUGCAGGAGCUUCAAAGAGGCCUUCGGACCCAAAAGACUGCUCAUCAGACCUAGGAGUGCCCCAAGACCGGCCAGCAACUCCAUGGAGCAGUGCCUCAGAGAGGUCCAGCUCUGAAGCCCAUUCCCAAAGCCAGGCAAAACCUACUUCCUCCACAAAGCAAGACAAAUCCAGCAAGAAGACAUAGCAGCACUGCACAAAACAAAAUGCCAACUCACCUAGCAUGCAUGCUGAAAAACAAAACAUAUACUUCACACUAAUCGUGAGAGGAAAGAAGUGAAAGCAGAAUAUACAAGCAAAAAGCUCAUUCAUUGUGAAUUGUUCUGUAGUGAAGGCUUUGGAUUGCUUUUAUUUUUCCCCCUUUACCACUUUUUUCCAGCAUUGUUUUAUUAUGUUCAGAAAAAAAGAAAAUACGGGGCUAGAAAUAAACUGUUUGAAAAACAAAAACUGUAACAUUCGGUGUGUUUUUACUUGAAUAUUAGGUUCAGAUUUUUUUUUAUUUGCCAUUUUAGAUCUAGUGGUGCCUUAAUACAGUAUAAACUUAAGUCCUCCCUUAAGUCCUUUGCCAUUCAUUCGAUGGAGGAAAGAUGUAUCUCAGCAAUAAAAUCAUCGUAUGGUUAGUUUAAUGUAGUCAAAUCCUGCAUUUGGUCGGCUGAAAGCCAACACUUCAUUUUCCAUCAGUUGCUAUUAUAGUAACAACAGUUUGAGUACCUUAUAAAUCAUAUGGCAGAUUUCUGAUCAUUUUGGAAUAAUUAAAAAAAUUGACCUCUCACUCAUGAUGAAGUUAAUUGUUUUAUUGUGUGUUUUAUUUCCACAAUAGAGCAUAUAAUAUUUAAAAUAAGGGGAGGUUUCUGAGGUUAGGGGGGAAAAAAAGUUUAAAUUGGUGAUGUAUGAUUUAAAAAACAAAUAAAUAAAUAAAAAUCACAUAAUUUACUCCUCGUACACACGUUAUACUGAAACUUAUUUCCUCUGGCAGGUUAAGUGUGUUCUUAAACAUCCGGCCUCAUGUACGUGCUCGAUGUAUAGACGAUUGUAUACGACGGACAGAUUAAUGGCAUCGUCUAAUUUUAACAUCCGUAUUCAAAAUUUAAAAGCACUUCAAAUUGGAAAUGUUUUGUUUUUAUUUCUAGCCCCCGCUCUCUUUUUUUUUUAUUGUUAUUAAUAACAACUGAAACGUUUUUAUUUUUAGGAUCUGGACCAACUUGCUGUGUUUUUUUUCUGUAUAUUUGCCACUUUUAAAGUCGGAAAACUUGUACAGGCUUGAUGAUUGAUUGAGUGUGUGUGUGUGUGUGCGCACGCAUGUGUGUGCUUAUAUAAAUGAAUAUUUAAUGUUCUGUGUCGGUUUUAUAUCCGAGUGUAUUGGGAGUGUGUCUUGGAAUACGUUUUGUCUUUGCCAUUUCAGCGGAGUCUGAUUUAGACAUUUAUUACUAGCAGGCAAGGAUGUAUUUGCACAAUCCCUUUUUACUUUGUGUCAUAUGAAAAUGAAAACUAAUAAAAUUCAGUCCAGUCAGAUCCCAGGGCUUGGGGAAGGGGGGGGGUCAAAGGGUUUGACCAAUCAUUUAACCCCUUGUUUUACCUGUCAUGUUAUGUGGCAAGAUUUGUGUUUACACCAACCUGAGUGAAUUUAAGUGGAAGUUAAAGUGCACUCUCCUGUUUCACCACAAUCAUACUGUUGUGUUUUUUGUUUGUUUUUUUUUUGUUUUUUUAGCCUGGUAGUGCUGACAUUUACAAAAUAUCAAAUACUACUUUCAUUUACUGUUUUAUCACCAAUGUAAUCGUUAGAUAUUUGCCAAUGAAGACUCAUAACUGAUCCAGAUUUUUUUUUUUUUUUAAUGAAUUAAUUGCUGCGUUUCCUGAAUGUCAUUUUGUAGCGUAUCUCUCAGUUUAAAAACAAACCCACUGUAGUUUUUUAUCUUAAGGAGAAAUUAGUCACGUGUGAUGGUCUGUACAGUAAUUCAGAAAUGUUAUGUCUGUAUGAAAUGAAAAGCUCUUGAUGGCUCUUGAGAGCCAGAAGCUUCAUUUCAAGCUUCACAUUUUCUGUGAAUAUUUUACAUUUUGUCUUAUUGUCAAAUUUGGCUAUUUGCCAUGAUGCAUCUACGUGGCUCUCUCCUGAAUUCACAGCUUGAUGCACAGGAGAAAACAUUGAGCUGCAACAAUUUGUUCCUUUCAGAAGAUAUUUGACAAAAAUCCUGUAGCUCUUUAUUAGGACUGAGUGUAGGAUAGAGGCUCGAGUGUGGAGGUAUUUUGUGGCUUAUUUUAACCAUAAGCUAUGGACUGCAAUAUAACAGCUUUUCCUGCUUUAACACCUUAACUAAGAUUUUUUCUUAGUGAGAUUAUUUAAUCAAAAAUCUCCCUUUUGAAAUAACAUCGAAUUUAGAAAAGGUGACUUUAUUUUUAUUAUAUUUUGGUGAUCUCAUUCGCAUUUGAACUGACCAACCUUUCACACACUGUACAAUCUUUAAGACUGGGACAACCGUCUGUUUUAUAACUAGAGGAGUCCACAGCUUAUGGUUAAGUAUUAGAAUUAUACCAUGUUACUGUAAUGUUAAUAUAGUAUAAUAGCCAAGAAAUGUUCUCUUGAAAUAUUAGGAGGAAAAAAAGGUGUCUGACUUUUUUUGGGCUAACUUUGGUAUGUAUUGUACUCACACUCGCUGUUGGAUAAUUAUGCUAUAUGAUCAGAUUUGGCUAAAGUGCCAGAAUCCUGUGGAUUUGUUCACUAAUAACACUUGCAGGCAUAUGGCAUCACACACACACACACACACACACACACACUGUGGGCAUGUAAUGUUUAACAGCCAGCCCUUCUCUCUAAAACCACUUAAAGCAGCAGUAAAUAAAAGUCAUGCUGCAUAUAAGAAGUAUAUGAAAUAACAGCUGGACCGAAUAGGUGCUACGCCACUUUCCUUAGGGAUUUCCUCAGUACAUGGAGAUUGCAACAUAUGUCAUGUGUACUGUUUUUAUUCCCCCAAGACAGGUUGUACAAUAACGAAUGAACAGAGAUGGAUUUGAAAAAACAAAACAAAAAAAAACCUGCUAGUUAAACCAGUGCAAUAUCUUUUUAAUUUCUGUUGUGGUAAGACGCAUGUUUGUUUGUUGUAAUUCCUUCCUUAAGAACAAUAAAGGUUUUUUUUUUUUUUUU